GAGAUGGCUCCAAGCAGGACGGUGUUUUACUUUGCCUUCACUUUGUUCUUCCUUUUGGCUCAAAUGCCACGAGGGUGCCAUGCAGGACUUGAUUAUGCCCCGUUAUUCCCAGCAGGUGACGGCAGUGUGUGCGAGACGUGCAGGCUGGGCCGGGGCAAGUGCCGGCGGCAGUGCCUGGAGAGCGAGACGGUGGAAGGCAACUGCAUGCUGAACUUCUUCUGCUGCCGGAUGCGACUCUGAGACACCAGCUGGUUCUCCUCGGGGGCCUCAGGAGCAGGACUGCCGGGCAUUCACGGAUGGUCAGGAGGAGCCUCGCAGCUGCGCUGCCUCACGCGAGG